AUGAAGCAAUCUCAUCGGUGGCAGAGGAGUUUGCUCCUCUCUCUCCUCUCUCUCUCCGUCGUCGCUCCGGUCAUUUUCGUCUCUCACAGGCUGAGAGUUGUAACUCGCGAUGGUCGGAGAGAGUUUCUUGAUGAUUUAUCCAGUGUUAAAUAUAGAACAGAUCCUUUCAAGUUAAAUGCUAUAGAACAGGAAGAAUUGGAAGAAUUACAAGAGCCAAAACAAGUUGUUUAUAAAGAAAAUGAUUUUGGUUCCAAGAAUAGCGGCGAUUCAGAUAAAAAUAAUGAUUCAGAGGACUUAGAAGAAUUAGAAGAGCCAAAGCAAGUUGUUCAUAAAGAAAAUGAUUUUGGUUCCAAGAAUAGCUAUGAUUCGGAAAAAAAUAACGAUUACGAGGACUCGGAAGAAUUAGAAGAGCCAAAGCAAGUUGUUUAUAAAGAAAAUGACUUUGGUUCCAAGAAUAGCGAUGAUUCAAAAAAAAAUAAUGAAUCCGAGGACUCCAGAAUUGAGGGGUCCAGAAAUAAUUACUCGGAAAAAAAAGAAUUCGAUCAUGAUGAUGAAACACAAGACCGGGAAGAUCAGCAGAAAGAAUUGUCCUCCACGGAUGGAGAUCAGGAAGACUUGGAAGAAUUAGAAGAGGCAAGCAAGUUGGUUAUAAAGAAAAUGUUUCUGGUUCCACGGUUAGAGACCCUUUGGAAAAAAAUAUUGAUCCCGAGGAGUCUAGAAUUGAGGGGUCCAAAAAUAAUUUUUGGAAAAGAAAGAAUUCAACCUUGA